ACAAUAUUGCCCAGCUUUUAUUCUGUCUGCAUCUAUAACAUGUCUGUCCAGGCAAAAUCUGUGGAUGACUUUGAAAUUAAAUGGGACAUCAUAUUUUCCUAUGAGGAAACAGAGAAGCUGUCUUGUGAUUGGCACUCCUUGGAAACCCUUGACCAGAGAAUCCAGUUUCUGUUUGAGACACCUGCUCUUCAAAAAAUUAAGAUACACCCUAAAACUGAGCAAAAAAGUGGCAGCCAGUCAGAAGAGCUCAGACAAGCUGGCAAUGAGCACAUGAAACAUGGUGCCCUGAAACAAGCCCUGGCAGCUUACAAUCUGAGCCUCCUGUAUGCACCACAUCCUUCAAGUGAUGACUCAUCAUCAUCAUUGACAGCUGGAAGCACUUGUGCAACACUGUUCAACAGGGCAGUGUGUUUGUACAAGUGGCACAGGUACAGAGAAAGUCUGAAUGACCUCAACACUGCUACCCUGUGGUGCACAUCAGAUGCCUUGCUGCAAAAGAUGCAGGACAUGACAGGGAAAGUCUUGAAGGAGUUGUCUCAUGUUGGUCAUGAUACAGACAACUUGGCUUGUGGAGAUGGUGGAAAGCAGCCAAUUAUGAUACUAGACUCCAACCCAGGUACAGCAGAUGUUCAAGUAGCUGAUGGAGGCCAUGUUUCUGAUGAGGAAGACAGCAAGCAAAUGUCUAAAAUUGAUCCCAAAUUCACCCUGAGCAUGUCAGCACCAAGGAACAAUGAUUAUCCUCCUGCAUCUGCUGCAAUUGGCCUCAGCCAACUUCCCAACAAGGGCAGAGGAUUUGUAGCCAAAGAAGACAUUGCUCCUGGGACUGUGGUCAUCAUGGAAGAGUUCUUUGCAGCAGUGCCUUUCAAACUGGUUGCAGACCACCAUUGCUACAACUGUCUCAGGAAAACAGAGACAUUCUGGCCAUGUGAACAUUGUGCCAUUGUUUUCUUCUGCUCCCAACACUGUGCAACUCAGGCCACAUGGCACAAGACAGAAUGCACCUAUGCUUUCAACAUAAAGCAUGCACCUGAGGCCCUCAGGAUUGCCAACAGGAUUGUUCUGAAGGCUGGAUACAAAUUCCUCAUGGAGCACAGAGAGAAACUGGAACAUGCCAUGGACACAGGAACAUUGAUCUGCACACCAGCCAAAGGGCUGCUCAGAAAUGUGAGAGUGGGAAAAGCCCUGGCUCCAACUGUGAGUCUGGUGAACCACUCAUGUUUUCCCAACUGUGACAUCUUCACCACUGGGAACCAACUGGUCAUCAGGGCUGUGAGGGCAAUCAAAACAGGAGAGGAGAUAACCAUUUGUUACAAGCAACAAAGGUUUGACUUGGUGCCCUUGGGUGCCCAGGUGCUGGCAGGUGACAGACAGCAAAUGCUUUGGGAACAAUACUAUUUCAUGUGCAAAUGCCAAGGAUGUGAACAAAACUGGCCAAAGCCCAUCACCAUCUUCACCCUGAAAUCCCACCCUAAAAUGGAAAUCAAAAAUGUCCAGCAAAACACUUGUGACUGCCCCACAAAAGUGAAUCUCUUGCAAGGAUUUGAAGCAGAAAUGACCCAAACUCUUGAAGAUUUGAAAGAAUGCAACACUUCAAAGGCUGAAGAAAUGCUGCACAAAUGGGCCAAAGUUUUGUCUGCUGGUGUUGGUGAAGGGGAUCCAAGACUCCACUAUGUUUGUGAUGUCCAACAAUAUGCAAAUUCCUUGUCAGGCAACAUUUUCAUUGACUUGUGAAAAAAAAAAUGCCAAGAUGAAAAACUAUACUCAAUGAAUAAUAAACCUCUCAAAUUGUUUUUCUCAAGGAA